CUCGCAGACCGACCGAAGGCGGACGGCCAGGCGAGUGGAGAAAAAGGGGCUAAUGACCCGACGAGCCAAAAUGGAAUUAGCGAGAGUUCUGACCAAUGCAGUUGCUCGGCUCGAACUGGGCUCCAGCCCAGUUACUGGUCGUCUGGCCGUGGCACGACCGUCUGUCCGACAGGCCUGCUGAUGGGCCUGACGGACCGACGGACCGGUGGGCCGAUGGGCCGAUGGGCCGAUGGUGGUUGA